UGAGAUCAACAACAUGUCUGCUCUUCCGGCAUGUGUCUUGCAUUGUUUACGUUCUGUAAUUUACCUGAAUUGUAUAUUUUUGAGAGCGUAAGUGCAGCGAUAAGGAUAGAUGUCGUGCCGAAAUAGAUUAUUUUGAAAGAUGCUACAUUUGUGUGCUUUCAUCGUCAAUAUAAAUGGAGAAAAUCAAACCUUUUUCUAGGAUGAAGAACGAAGCGCCAUUUUCAAAACGGACACGGUUUACGUUUGUAGCGAUAACCCUUUUUGUUUUCUGUCAAGGAAUCUCAUAUAAGACUGCAUAUGCACAACAAGGCUUGCCAAUGGACUGUCCUAAUUUUCCACCUCUUUUGCUCCAAACAUUUUGUGGAAACCCUACUAACCCAAAUGAUUGUACAUUAUCUGCCUGGGUUUGUGAUGGCAAAGUUGAUUGUGCUGUGACAGAACUUGAUGAGUCCAAUGCUACUUGCAGUGGAGUGAAUCCCUGUGCUUCCCAACCUUGUCAAAAUGGUGCUACAUGCAUAUCAUACCCAGCUGUAAUUGAUGAAACAGUGGCAUAUUAUAUCUGUGAAUGCCCUCCUGGAGUUACUGGAACUAACUGUGAAAAUGGAGGAUCACCAGUGCUUUCUCUUACAUCCAUGCAGACUGAGUUUGGAGCCAAUGUAACAUCAGAAAAGACCACAACACAAGCAGCAACUGUUCCAAAUGGCACAUCAGGAUUAACAACCUUAAGAACUAAACCAACACCCACCUCAACUACUGGUGCUUUGCCAGGAACAACAACAAUUAAUACUACAAUGUCAGUAACCAGAACCACAACUGUACAAAAACCCACCAGUACCACAACUGUUCAGACAACUGCAACCACAGUUUUACCAACAACAACCAGCACCAGUAAGGUUCCAACAACUUCAACAACAAUAUCAACCAAAGAUACAAACAGUAUCAUAAGUGUAACAAGUUCAGCAGUACCCAGCUUCACAACAAUUCUAACAACACCAACCAGCAAUACAACAUUAACAACAAAAGUAACUGGUGCUACAACAAUACCAACAACAUCAUCAGCAACCAAAAACAUCAGUGUCCCAACAAUACCAACAGCCAGUGACACACCUGUACCAACUACAGCAACCAGCAUCACACCAGUCCCUACCGAAGCAACCAGCAAUACAGCCACACCAACAACAAUAACCAGUGCAACAACUGUACCACAAACUAGUACCACAGUUGUAUCAAAAGCAACAAGAACUACAACUGUACCAACACCAUCAACAACCAGAAUUACAACUGUACCGAGAACAUCAAUAACAGCCAAAGCAACAGCAGUGCCAACAACACUAUCAACAGCUGGAAGUACAACUGUACUAAUAACAACCAGUAUUGCAACUAUAUUAGCAACAUCAACAAAAACAGGAAAUACAAAUGUAGAAACACCAACAACAACCAGAACUACAAUAGAGCCAACAAUGCCAAGCACUACAACCAGAACUACAACUGUACCAACAUUAUCAACAGCUAGAACUACAGCUGUACCAACAACAACCAGAGCUACAACUGUUCUAACAACACCAUCAACCAGAAUGACAAUGGAAACAACAUCAACAACCAGAACUACAACCCUGCCAACAACAUCAACUUCAACUGUACCGGCAACACCAUUAACAACCAGAGGUACAACUGUACCAACCACAACCAGAACUACAACUGUACCAACAUCAACAACCAGAACUACAACCCUGCCAACAACAUCAACUUCACAUGUACCGACAACAUCAUCAACAACCAGAACAACUGUACCAACAAUGUCAACAACAAGUACAACAAUGACAACUGCUCCAACUGUGAUUCCAUUGCCUACUGUUAAUCCAGCAGAUUGCAUCCCUAACCCUUGCAUGAAUGGAGUGUGCACACUGCUCAGAGGAGGGUACCACUGUAGUUGCAGACCAGGUUUUACAGGUGAAAACUGUGAAGUAGGUAUCAAUUUCUGCUUAUCACAGCCUUGUAGCAAUGGAGGCACCUGUCAGCCUCUGGAGACAGGGUUCCAGUGCCAGUGCCCCACAGGGUACACAUCUCGUCAGUGUGAAGUAGAGAUAGAUGAAUGCAGUAGCAAUCCAUGUUUGAACACUGGCACAUGUAUGGAGCAGCUUAAUGGAUAUACCUGCAACUGUGCAGUAGGCUAUACAGGUCCUAACUGUGCAGUAAGCCUUAGUUCCUGUGCCAGCUCACCGUGCCAGGCAGGGGGAACAUGUGUUGAUGUGCCUGACUCCUUCAGUUGUCUCUGUCCAUCAAACAGAGCUGGCAGACUGUGUGAGAGACGACAGCUGUGUACACAGGGAGACCCAUGUCAAAACCAUGGAAUUUGCUACCCACCAUCUAUCUCAAGUCCAAGUCCAAGGUGUUUAUGCCUGCCUGGGUUCACUGGGACUAAUUGUGAAGUUGAUGUGGAUGAAUGUGCCAGCAACCCAUGUGGAAAAUAUGGUCAAUGUACAGAUGGAGCCAACUCGUACACCUGUACAUGUGACAGCCACCACACAGACAGCAGGUGUCAGGUGGAGGUGGACCCAUGUGAUGCUGGCCCCUGUCUGAAUGGUGGAUUUUGCUGUAGUAGAAAUACCUUUGGUUGUGGAGGAUUCUGGAUGCCACUGGGAUACUUUGAGUGUUAUUGUGCUAGUAACUUUUUAGGAACAUUGUGUGAGAUAGGAAUUGAUGCCUGCCAUUCUGAACCUUGUGUGAAUCAAGGAAUCUGUACACCUACAAAUGAUGGUUAUGUUUGCACAUGUCCCUUGACAUUCAAAGGUGGGAACUGUGAAAUACCAGAUGCCUGUGCUAGCAACCCUUGUACUGGGCAGUCAACCUGCCUGAACACUGGGGACACCUUUACCUGUCUCUGCCCAUUUGACAAGACAGGUGUAUAUUGUGAGACAUACAUUCCAUGUGCUAGCCAGCCUUGUUUGAAUGGGGCAACUUGUAGAAACAGUGGAAAUCAGUAUUCUUGUGAUUGUCUAAAAUCAUUCACAGGGUACAACUGUGAAACAUACAUUCCUUGUUCAAGUAAUCCUUGCCAGCAUGGUUCAACUUGUGAAAAUGUUGGAGAUACCUAUUUGUGUCUUUGUAAUCGAAAUUACACUGGGACACAGUGUGAAACAUUCCUUGCCUGCUCAAGCAGCCCAUGCCUUCAUGGUGGACAGUGCACUAAUGUGGGAGACACCUACACUUGUGCUUGUAAUAGUAACUACACAGGAGCCACAUGUGAAACAUUCCUGCCGUGUUCCAGCUCUCCAUGUUCCAGUGGAGGAACAUGCAUUAACAUAGGUGAUACAUUCCAGUGUAACUGCCCAAGUUCACACACAGGCUCCCAGUGUGAACAGUACUUGCCUUGCUCUAGUAAUCCCUGCCAAAGUGGAGGACAGUGUGAAAACAUGGGGGAUUCUUUUACGUGUACGUGUGGGGUUGGAUUCACUGGACUUCAGUGUGAGACGUACCUGAACUGUACUAGUGAUCCCUGCCAGCAUGGAGGACAGUGUGCUGAUAUACAAGAUGGGUUCCUGUGUACAUGUCCUAGUGACUACACAGGGACUCAGUGUGAAUCCUUCCUCCCUUGUUCCAGUAACCCAUGUAAAAACAAUGCUACAUGUGAGAACCAAGGAAAUACAUUUGUGUGUAACUGCAUGCUGGGUUACAGAGGAGUUGUGUGUGAUGAGUUUGUACCAUGUGCUCUCACUCCAUGUUUGAAUGGAGGUAGCUGUGAAAAUGUCGGCUCAUCUUCAUACACAUGCACAUGUACCCCACCCUUUACUGGACAGAAGUGUGAGGUGCUUGUGCCCUGCUUGAGUAAUCCUUGUCUCCAUGGGAGCACCUGCACCAAUGUUGGAAGAUCAUACAUCUGUGACUGUGUGGUUCCUUAUGUUGGAGACAGGUGUGAAACCAUUGUCCCCUGCCUCAGUUCCCCUUGCUACAAUGGGGCCACUUGUAAUAAUAAUGGAGACACAUACAAUUGCUCAUGUACUCAGUUCUACACUGGACAGCAGUGUGAUACUUAUGUCCCAUGUGCCAGCAGUCCUUGCUUGAACGGGGCAACUUGCACAGGGAUUGGGUCAGGCUACACAUGCACUUGUGUGGAUAACUACAGAGGAAAACAUUGUGAAACCCCUGUUCCCUGUGGAAGUAACCCAUGUCUUAAUAAUGGACUGUGUAUCAAUAGUGGUUCAUCUUACACUUGUGUGUGUGGAGUUUAUCACACAGGAUCAAGAUGUGAGACAAGUCUACCUUGUCUAAGUCAGCCUUGUCAAAAUGGAGGACUCUGUACAAGCACCAGCCUUUUUGAGUACAGUUGUAUCUGUCCUACUGGGUUUACUGGCACAGUCUGUGAGACCAGAGUAGAGAUAUGUGAUGCCGCAACAUGUGUAAAUGGCCAGUGCAGAGAUGUGGGUGGUAUCAGCACUUGUGUCUGUGAUGCUGGUUAUGCAGGCUCUCGUUGUGACAGACAAAUCCAGCCCUGUGACAGCUCGCCAUGUAGAAAUGGAGGGUUAUGUCAGAAUAGUGGUGACACCUAUACUUGUGUGUGUUCUCAAAACUUUACUGGAUCAAAUUGUGAAACCAAGAUAAGACCAUGUGACAGAGCACCAUGUCUUAAUAAUGCUGUGUGUAGAAAUGAAGGCGACACAUUCACUUGCAUAUGUCCAUCAGAUUAUACAGGAGUUUUGUGUGAAAACCGCAUCCUGCCAUGUGACAGCUCCCCAUGUGAGAAUGGAGGCACAUGCAACAAUGAUGUUCAGGGAACAUCAUACAACUGUAGCUGUGAACAGUAUUACACAGGGACUAAUUGUGAGAACAUUGUUGAUCCAUGCACUGAAUCUCCAUGCAAGAACUUUGGAUUGUGUUUGUCAUUUGACACAUCAUUCAACUGCACAUGCCUUCCGCCAUAUACAGGCUCCACAUGUGAAGAAGAACAAAAGACUUGUAAUCCAGACCCAUGUCAGCACCAAGGGGCAUGUUUCACAGAUGCCUUUGGUAUAUAUUGUAUAUGUACCAGUGACUAUGAGGGCCUCUUCUGCGAGCUUACUAAAGGUCUGUGUGACCCCAGUCCCUGUAAGAAUGGAGGGAUAUGCUGGGAUGUAGGAGGUGCUGCUCUGUGUGACUGCCCUAAGGGAUUUAAUGGCCCUACCUGUGAGCAGGCAGUAACUGGUUGCUCUCCUAACCCCUGUAAUAGUGGAGACUGUGUGGAGGGACCCACUGGGAUGUUCCAGUGCCGAUGUCCCCCUGGGCUGGUGGGGACACAGUGUCAGUUCAGGGACUAUUGUAUAUCCAAACCAUGCCAGAAUAACGGGACCUGCAUUAGCCACACAGAUUCUGAGGGUUUUGUCUGUGUGUGUCAGGCAGGCUACACUGGGCAAUCCUGUCUUGCACGCCUCAAUGCCUGCACUACACAGCCAUGUAAGAAUGGGGGCACCUGCUUUGAUGGAGGGUCAACUACUAGUUAUAUAUGCACUUGUCCAUCAGGUUAUACUGGUCCUGAUUGCAGUGUAGAUAUUGACAGCUGUAUUGGAAAUAGUUUCUGCCAAAAUGGAGCAACUUGUGUUGAUGAAGACCUAGGGUUUAGAUGUGACUGUGCCCUUGGUUGGUCUGGACAAUACUGUACCAUCAAGAACAGCUGCACACAGUCUCCAUGCCGCUCUGGGUCCACCUGUGCCAAUGUUCCCAACACACAGUAUGGCACGGACUACACCUGUGUCUGUCAGGCUAACUUUGCUGGGGCAAACUGUGAACAGUACAACUUUUGUAUAUCCCAGCCAUGCCAGAACCAGGCUACAUGUGCUAAUGCUUUGAAUAAUUUUGUGUGUACCUGCCCUCCUGGUUAUACAGGAGAGAUGUGCUCAGAAUUGGUCAAUAAUUGUGAGGGAAUCAUCUGUCAAAAUGGUGGCACAUGUGAGAACCAGCUGAAUGCCUAUAGAUGUCUCUGUCUGUCCACAUACUAUGGAACACACUGUGAAAACAGGGACAGCUGUCUGGGUUCACCGUGUAAUCCAAAUGGCAGGUGUGUGAGCCUCAGUAACAAAACAGCCAACCCCCAGAUUCAGUGCCAAUGCAUAAACAAUUAUGUAGGGGACAGGUGUCAGUAUUACAAUUACUGUGCAUCCUUCCCCUGCCACCAGAGAGCUACUUGUAGGAAUGAUGAAACUGGUUUUCUAUGUGACUGUCCCCUGGGCUGGACUGGUGUGACUUGUAGCACUGAGGUAGAUGAGUGUCAGAGCAAUCCUUGCAGAAAUGGAGGGAAUUGUAUAGACUUGGUGAAUGGCUACAGCUGUAACUGCCUUACCCCCUACUCUGGCCCCCAGUGUGGGCAGACACCAUGUAGUAGUGAUCCCUGUGGAAGCAGCACAUCUGGAGCUGUGUGUAGAAUAGCUGGCAACUCUUACCAAUGCCUCUGUCCACUGGGGCUGAAAGGGGACAGGUGUCAGCAAGCUGUGACAAUAAGAACCCCAAGCCUACUGGGCAAUAGUUACUUAGAAUAUUCACAAGUACUGACAGGCUACUUGGUCAUAUCCCUAACCUUCAAGACCAGCAACACCAAUGGAUUCUUACUUUAUGCAGAGUCAGGCAGUCUGUACUGUGCCAUAACACUUCAGAAUGGAGAAAUCGUCUUUUAUCUGGACUUUGGGCAGGGUGACAGGGUGACACUGACCAGUAGUCUAAAGUACAGUGAUGGUCAGUCCCAUAAUGUGUAUGUACAGCAUAGCUCUAUGGGUAUUUCCAUGACUGUGGACAAUAGUGACAGUGGGUUCAUUGGAGCCAGUGUUCAGACUCUAAGUGGUACAUGGACUGUAUAUCUAGGAGGUGUCCCACAUUCCAUCCCUAUCAUCUCCCCUAGCCUGACUGGCUGUGUAGAGGAACUGGCACUUCAGGGUAGAGCUGUACAACUCAUCAAUGAUGCAGUGAGAGGAGUCAAUGUAGAGGCUUGUUUUACACCUGUAUGUCCAGGUGUAACCUGCAGUCAGAGAGGAGUGUGUUUAGAACAGGAUGGCAAUGGGUAUCUAUGCAACUGUUCCCGUGGUUACAGUGGGCAAGACUGUCAGGCGACAGACUGUGACAGCAACCCAUGUCAACGUGGAGGACACUGCUAUAUUGAUGCAGAACAUGGGCAGAAAUGUAGAUGUAUGCUGGGUUAUGCUGGAAGUACAUGUGCUAUAGCAACCAGUUUUAAUGUUACUGCUUUCUACAACAAUUCCUACAUCAAGUAUCUCCUACCAGAUGAGAUCCCAGUGCUUCAGAACCUUACCAUUAGCCUGAUAUUACGCUCUGAGUUCACACCAGCAAAUGAUGGUCUGGUUUUAUUCCUGUCUGAUCAAACUGCUGCAGGGGAUUAUCUCGCUUUAAUGAUGAUUCAAAGCCAGCUACAAGUCAGGUAUAGUUUAGGAGAUGCUGAUGUAACCCUGACAUCUGUUCCCAUCACUGGGAAAGUGUGGCACAUAAUCUCACUGGACAGACAGGGAAGAAAUAUCACCUUGACCAUCAAUGGCACCCAAUCAGUGUCUGGGUCUUCCAGUGGUAUACAUCAGGAUUUAAAUGUGAACCAAUUUGUGUACGUAGGAGGUGUAGAGGACUAUAGCCAGCUGAGGGCCAGGCUUGGGGUCAGUCAGGGCUUCACUGGCUGUGUUGCCAACCUGCAGGUACAGGGGAAUGUAUACAGUCCCAAUGAUGCAGUGAGUGGGGUGAACGUAGGGCAGUGUGACGGUGACCUUUGUCACACAAGUCCCUGCCUGAACCAUGGCACCUGUACCACACUUCCUGGCUCAUACCUGUGUACUUGUGGGGAACUCUACCACGGUGACAAGUGUGAAUUCACUAAAGAUGGUUGCUAUAACAACCCAUGUGCAUCUGGUGCUACCUGCUUGCCUGUUGGAGAUGCCUUCCUGUGUUUAUGCCCCUUGAUGAAAACUGGGUAUUUCUGUAAUGAAACACAAGAUCUGGCUCAGGUUCAGCCACAUUUUGGAGGUCAAUCUUUCCUACAGUUCACAACCCCACAAAGCAUCUCCAACAUCAUCAGACUGAGCAUUGUGUUCAGACCUGAGCAAAGAAAUGGUUUGCUGAUAUAUUCAGACCAAGGAAUAAUGUCGGGAGAUUUCAUUGCUGUAGGAAUGAAGGAUGGUUACCUGCAGUGUAGAAUCAAUAUAGGUUUUGGUCUUCACAUUCUUCAGAGCCUGACAGAACUGAAUCUCAACCUGUGGCAUAAAAUCCAGUUUAUAAGAGAACCCACUAAGCUGACACUGGUGGUGAAUAAUAGUAACCAGACACAAGUGCUGCCAUCUGGUGGUAUCCAGGUCCUAACCCUGAGUUCACCAUUGUAUAUCGGUGGCUUGUCUGACUUCAGCACAAUACAUCCAGAUGCAGGGUUUGCUACAUGGUUAACAGGGUGCAUACAGGAACUACAGAUUGGUGGAGAAACCAUGAACCGUAUCCAGUGGGCUGCUGCCACAGAGGGCAGACAUAUCUCCCAGUGUCAGCAGACCCCCUGCGUGGUGGGGACAUGUGACAAUGGAGGACAGUGUCAGGUGGUCACAGAUACCACUGCCAAGUGUACCUGUAGAGUGGGGUACACUGGAGACAGGUGUCAAACAGCACAAAGGAUCCAACUUCCUUCCUUUAGCUCUGAUAGCUAUGUAACACUGUUUAGAAUGUUGCCAACAUCAGCUGAAUCAUCUGUUGAAAUGGAGAUCAGACCAUUACAACUGUCAGGACUUCUUCUGUUGAACCAAGGGAGGAGGGAUGUGAUAGGUCUGUAUCUCAGUGGAGGAUACCUUGUGUGGAUGUAUGACCUUGGAUCUGGAUCUGUCUCGAUACAAAGUAACAUUACUCUUCAAACUAACCAAUGGCAUACAGUGACACUUACAAGGAAUGGUCAAAUUGGACAGAUGAGAAUUGAUGGACAGCUGUCAGGUUCUGGCUCCUCCCCUGGUGUUAGUCUGACAUUGGAGGCUGGUGAUGUGACAUAUGUGGGUGGAGUUCCAGAUCAGAUUUUUCCAAGACUGCAAAGCAUGAGGAAUGUGAAAGGUUAUACAGGUUGUAUAAAAAGACUUUCCAUUCAGAACAGUGAGAUUGACUUAGGCAGCAUUCAGGAUGGUUACAACAUAGCUGAAUGUGCAAUGUUACCAUGUGAACAGCACCAGUGUGCCAGUGGUGCCACCUGCCAGCAAAAUAUCCAGGCAAACACAUAUUCCUGUCUCUGUGCAGCAGGCCAAGCAGGCCAGUAUUGCAACCUGACUGUGUGUGAUGUUUCCCCUGGCAACCAGCGGUGUCAGAAUGGUGCUUCCUGUUACGUUGGUUCUACUGGGACUGCUGAGUGUCUGUGUACACACAGGUAUACAGGGGAUGUGUGUGAUCAAGCUCUUAGUAUCCAAGGACCUGUAAGUUUUUCUAGAACUUCAUACCUCGCUUAUCCAUCCACAGACUUUGCAAGCAAUUCAACUUAUAAUUAUAUCCUGGUGAUAUUUCAAAUCUCUGGUGAAAAUGGUUUGCUCAUGUGGUAUGGGGAGGAGAGACGGGACUAUAUCUCAUUAGGUUUCACAAAUAACAUAUUUGAAUGCAGGGUAAAUCUUGGAAGUGGUGUAUUUACAUUGCCUGCCACAAGAACUUUCCUAGAAAAGGGUGCAUGGCUGCAGGCAGCUGUUGAAAGGAAUGGACAGUCUGUUACACUAACCAUGACAUCAGCAACAGGCCAGACAGAUACCUAUAACAGUGAUUUCCAAAAUACAGAUGGAGAAAUCAAUACAAUGGCCUCUUUGGUUUACCUAGGAGGAGCACCAGGAGUGGAUCUGACCACAUCUGGCCACUACAGCACUGGCUUUCAUGGCUGCAUUGCUUCUGUCCAGUUUUCUUCAGUUCCCAUCAGUGUCUUUUCUUCAGCAGUGUCUGGUGCUGGAGUUUCCUUAUGUCAAACUGCUGGGUAAAGAAUCAUCUCUUUACAAAUUCUUUAAUAUUCAACAGUUGACCCGUCCAAAUGUACAGUAAAUGCUCUCCAAAAAUUAGCAUUGGUUGUGAGAAGGGGAUUCAAGGAAUGAUAUAUCUGCCUGCAAAGACAUGGCCCACUAACUUGAGUGUUUUUUACCGACUCAGUAAGAGUGAAUAGGUGAUGUACCUUUUAUUAUAUGCAUUCCAUUUGACAAUUUAUGGGACAAUCAUUUCAGUGAUAAAAUUCAAUCUAAGUUGAUAAUUAAACUUUCAUGUAUUUUUACUGAAGCCAAUGGUAGAAUAGGUUAGUUUUGUGCUGUUCAGUUUUUAAUACUCAAGUCUGAACUUUUUAAGAAUGCUAAGGAUAUGGAGAAUGAUAAGGAGAACCCCUGAUUUAUGUCCUUAUUUAUCACACAAAUGAAAAAAGUUUUUGGAUAUUAACUAACUUUUAUCAUAAUUUUGAUAAGCUUUUCUGCAUUUUGACUUUAUGAAAAAGUUUGUAUUGUGAAAGGAAGUAAUACUUUUUAGAGAAAUUUGAGUACUUAAUUCUUGGGACCAUUAAGCAUGUAUUAUGGGCUCAAAUUACUUCUUAGCUUUUUACAUAUAUACACUCAUUGUUGUAGAUGUAAAAAAUCUCAUUUUUAUACUAAGAAAUAUUUAUAUAUGUUCAUAUUUAUACUCAGCGCUUAGCUUUACAGUUUUGUAGAAAGACUUUAAUAUAAAUUUUUUAAUGUAAAUUGCCCUUUUUUGAAAGAACAUUUACAUUUCCCUCCAAUUUUUUCAUUCAUUUACAUAAAAAUGUACAAAGUGUCUUUUUUU